UUGUUUUCUUCGUGGCUGCUAUCGAUCUGAUUUUAGGAUUAUCCCUUGAAAAAAGGGACAUGACAUUCACUUCUGCUAAACCUACCACUAUUUGAUUAUUGCCGUAGGUUCAAAAACAUCGUGUGUAUCUGAAGAUAUAAUGAAACUCAAUAAACAGGGAUGUAGCUGUAGAAAACGAAGGAAGGCUGGUACACAUUGUCAGGGUGGGUGGGUGGUAAGAUUGGUAAACUCUAAAUAAUAUGAGUGGAUUUUAAGGAUGGUCAAGGAGGUUAAUAAAUGUGGGUAGACAGCCAUGGAAAUGAGUUUUAAACUAGUUGGAAAACUUCGAGGCCCCACCCACCAUAACUACAUCCCUGAAUACAUGGUAGAAUCGAUUUUAGUUCUUACUCUCUGAUAAGAUUGGAAGAUGCUACGAUUAUACCAACGCUUUCUUGCCGUAUGUGUCAUAUCUAUUGGCUUGUGUAUGUUUAUUAUUUACAGACAACAUCCUCAUGUAACGGAAAGCAAAGGCGAAGUAGAUUCUGUUCUGAUCCGUGAGGUUGAAUAUGACAGACCUCCAAUAGACGACAGGCCUGUACUCACCCAGGAGCCAUAUCAUCCAGAUGCGAAUGUUAAGCCUGCAAAUUUAAGUGUUCUUGAGCAGCCUCUCCCAAAGCAGAAGUUUGGAGAAAUGAUACAUUAUACCAAAAACAACUCAGAAUUUGAUUUCAGGACUAAAAUCGAUUUUAAGCCAACUACUUGUUUGAACUCCAUUCAGAAGAAGCUGCAAGAAAGUGAGUGGGCAUCGGAGAUGUUCCUGCCGAACAUCACCAUGGUGAUGCAUCAGGGAAUAAUGUCAAAAGAGGAAUAUGACCGCCUACAUGAAUUCGGGCUGCCUUUUGGUUUAUAUUUCCGUGAUGAAUUAACAUAUCCAGACUUACAAGAUGUUCUAUCGAAUCUUUCACGUGAGGACAGCAUAUUAGACUUUACUGGUAAGGAGAAGCCUUCGUGUCUAAGCUGCGCUGUAGUUGGUAAUGGCGGCAUUCUCAAUGGAUCUAAACGCGGGAAAGAGAUAGAUGGUCAUGACCUUGUUUUCAGGGUGAACCAUGCAAUUCGAAGGGGGUUUGAGGAAGAUGUUGGUACCAGAACUACUCACUAUGUGAUGAUGGAUAGAUCACUAGCACACACUAGCAAAGAAGAUAUCCCAGCUGAUAAGGGGAUCAAGUAUGUUUUCUUACCGUGUAGAAGGAAUGACUAUAAAUACAUUAAUCAAGUUACCCGCAGCACAAAUCCAAGACAAAAGUUUGCUGCAGAUCCGAAAGAUAUGAGGAUUUUACAUCCAGAUUUUGCUCGUUAUGUCCACAAGGUUUGGAUGAAAGUGAAGGCAUUCCGGCCCACAACCGGUGGUAUGAUGUUCAUGUCAGCGCUUCACGCCGGAUGUGACACCGUGGAUGUGUACGGUAUGGGCUACACGAGACAAUAUUCCGAUCAUUAUUAUGAUAUGACGUACAUGCCUUUCCAGUCGUACCUAGGAAGCCAUGACUAUCGUCGAGAAACUGCAAUCAUGAAAAGCAUGGAUAAAGAUGGUAUUAUCAAUUGGUACAAGCGAGAUGUCAAAGAGUUUCUAUGAUCUGUAAAUAAAGACAUAGAUGGUGAUGGUUGUGGAGUGAACAUACAGAAUGGAAAUGGUGGAGAAUGGAAAAUUUAAUUGAGAUGAUUGUGAACUAAAACAAGGUAUUUACUACAGAUAGUAUCUAAAGCCAGGCUUCUAUAGAAUUGCUAUUUUCUCUGUAAUUGUUGCACUGCAUAGCCGAUUUGACCGACCAAUCGGCAUCGCCGACAGCGUUAACAUGUAGCGAUUUUAUGGAAAUAAAUGAAGCUUUAAGUACAGUAAAAAUUCAGUACCCCUUAAUUCUUAAUCAUUGCACUAUAUAGAGAAUAAGGGAGUUUGGAUUGGAUUGGAUUUAUUCGGUGUAAACACCAAGGAUAGCCCAUGAAAAUCUAGAAGAAGACUUAUUUCCAGUGGGGUUCUUCUGGGGGUGAUUGGACAGUACACCGAGAGGUACA